UUUUUUUUUUUUUUUUUUUUUUUUGAGAAAAUUGCUUUGAUCCAUUGGAAAACUGUAAGCCAAUGGUGCAAGAAAGCCGUGAUUAGUAUAUUGGAUUGUUGAGGAGGUUGAGGAAAAUUAGGGUAAUUAGAAUAUCAUAUAUAUGAUGUUUAUCCUAAAUAAUAUGAAUCAAUGAAUAAUCAUAGUUUAGAUUGGCAAGGAUGUAUAAUCUGUGGUUAUCACAGGCACCAAGAAGUGGACUCCUUUCAUGAUGAAAAUCGAAAGUUCAAGUGUGAAUUUCUCGAGAAAAUUGUUGUCUAAUAUAGGGUGGUUGAGGGAAACUUUCAUGAGUCAUAUUGCAAAAUGAGCAUAUUGGAUAUGAAUUAUAAUUUCUUAUUUGCAGGAUAGCUAUUCUCUUCACAGUUCAUAGCUUGGAUUUAUUCUGUUGAAUAAUGAUAAUGGAUUUUGAGCAAGAUUUGAUUAGUGAUCUGCCUCAAAGCAUUAUAGAAACCAUCCUCAUAAAGCUUCCGAUAAGGGAUGCCGUGAGAACUAGCAUUUUAUCAAGCAGAUGGAGGUACAAAUGGGCCACACUAACGCAGCUUGCAUUUGAUGACAACUGUGUUUCCCUUUGUAAUGACAGAGCAAUUGUUGAGAACAAUCUUUCUAAUUUUAUUACCCGGUGUUUGUUUCUUCAUGAUGGACCGAUUCACAAGUUCUCUCUAUCUACCUCGUACUUGCAGUUCUCGUACGAUAUAGAUCAGUGGCUACUUUUCCUUUCGCGGAAAGAUAUUAAAGAGUUGGUUCUUGAAUUAGGAGAAGGUGAGUGGUUUAGGGCGCCAUCUUUUCUUUUCUCUUGUAAAAAUUUGACUCAUUUGGAGCUUGUUCGUUGUGAAUUGGACCCUCCACCGUGUUUUAAAGGUUUCUUUCGCUUGAAGUACCUCAAUCUUCAACAAGUUCUGAUUCCCCCAGAUGAUAUCGAAUGCCUCAUUGCAAGCUGUCCUCUUCUUGAGAGUCUAACAUUAUCUUACUUCGAUAGUUUAGAAUUGACUGUCAGUGCUCCAAAUCUCAAGUACUUGAUUCUGGAAGGUGAAUUUAAGGAUAUAUCUCUUGUGAACACUCCACUUUUGGUAUUCAUAUCUGUUGCUAUGUAUAUGACUGAUGACAUAGCAGAUGACAUAGCAGAGCAUUUCGAACAAAGCUCAAGCUACAAUUUCAACAAGUUUCUCGGUGGUGUUCCCCAGCUUGAGAAGCUUAUUGGACAUAUAUACUUCACAAAGUAUUUGAGUAUUGGUAAUCACGAAGGAUGCAUUCCAAUUACAUAUCACCAAUUAAAGUUCAUAGAAUUGUAUCAAGUUAGCUUUGAUGACAUGAAAGAGGUUCUAGUUGUCCUUCAGCUGAUCGUGAACUCACCAAAUUUACAAGAGCUGCAAAUCUCGGGUUCCUUCAAUUCAUCAGCUGCAACACAACAAGCUCCUGGUUUGGAUUUCUGGGAGAAAAGAUGCUUUAUUGAUUGCACUAUGGGUCGAUUGAAAACCAUAAAGAUGACCGACGUAUCUGGAGUGCCACACGAAAUGAAAUUGAUCAAAUUUUUACUCGAACACUCACCGAGCCUUGAAACAAUGAGUAUUGCUCCUAGUUCAUAUCUGACAGAGGGAAGAUUGAAUAUGCUAAUUGAUUUGGUGAGUUUUCGUCGUGCUUCUACUCGAGCUUCAAUCAUAUUCAUUCAUGAACAAAUAUGAAUUCUGCUGCAAUUUGUAGAUAAAGUUCUUUUCAGUAGGCCUUAUAUAUAAAUGUUCACAACAACCUGGUUCUGAGAGUUCUAAUAAUUUCAUGUGAACGUUGAAUUUUUAUUUUA